AUGCCCCUCCCUCAACCAGCCGACGUGGAUGCCCCCGUGCUCUCGCAGUUCUCCCUCAAGGGAAAAAUUGCCCUGGUGACCGGCGGCUCCAGGGGCAUUGGUCUGCAGGUCGUGACCGGCCUCGCCGAAGCCGGGGCCGACGUUGCCUUCAUCUACAAGACAAGCACAGACACAGCAGCCACGGCGGCCAGGAUCGCGGAGAAGACGGGCGUCCGGGUGCAGGCCUAUCAGUCCGAUGUGACUGACCGGAAGGCCAUAGCGCAAACCAUCAAUCAGGUAGCCGAGGAGUUCGGCCAUGGUCACCUCGACAUUGUCGUCGCAAACGCCGGUGUCUGCGCAAAUGUGCCGUCUCUUGAGUACACGGAGGAGAGCUGGCAGCACAUGAAUAGCGUCAACUACGACGGGGUCAUGUGGACGGCGGUGGCGGCGGGCAAGAUUUUCAAGAGGCAGGGGCGGGGAAACCUCAUCAUCACGGCCUCGGUCAGCGCCACGCUGGUCAACGUGCCGCAGACGCAGGCCGCGUACAACUCAUCCAAGGCCGGCGUUUUGCAGCUGGCUAAGAGCCUCGCUGUUGAGUGGGCCGACUUUGCCAGGGUGAAUUGCGUCUCGCCCGGGUACAUCCAUACCGAAAUGUUGACACGGCAGCCGAAGGAGCUGUUUGACAAGUGGCUAUCCAUGAUUCCAGGAGGGCGAAUCUGUCCGCCGGCGGAGCUGAAGGGUAUCUAUGUGUUUCUCAGCAGCGAUGCCUGUUGCUACAUGACUGGCUCGAAUCUCAUAAUAGACGGAGGUUACACACUUCCGUAA